CAAUCGGAUCGCGUCCAUUCUUCCUUCCACUGUUUCAAUUUCUUCGUCUGUAUCCUUUCAUGGCGUCUCGAGGUAAUAAGCGGCCUUCUAUUACUAAUGGUGAUGAUAAUUUAGGCGUCUUGUCUAGGGUUUCCCGUUCUGUCUCCGAUUCCCAAAUCGUGCAGCGGGCGAAAAGUACGGCUUCUGAUGCCGCAUUCGUCUCCCAAAAGCUUCUUCGUAGCACCGGUAAAGCUGCGUGGAUUGCAGGGACGACUUUUCUCAUCUUGGUGGUGCCGCUCAUCAUUGAAAUGGAUCGCGAACAGCAGUUCAAUGAGCUUGAGAUGCAGCAGGCGAGUUUACUUGGUGCUCCAGCCACCGCUGCUCCGAAAUGAUCUACUUGAUUGAUGGCUUCAGGUUAAGGGUACUCCAUGAUAUUGUUGCUAUUUAGGGUUUUUUAUGGGUUUAGGAUGGAUUUUGAUUGCGUACAAUGUCGUCGUAUCUUUGUUCCUUUGUUUGUGACUGCGGAUUAGAUGUGACGUUGUUAGCGAUUGAGAUUUUGGAGAGUUAGAGUUAUGUUGCGAAGUUAUAUGAAUUGAAUUCAGAAUCAAUUCCAAGUUUCUUCUUCUCAUAAAGCUCUGGAUUGCUUUUGUAAACUUAUAUUAUGAUUGUUUCCUUUUUGAGAGAAAUUGUUCGAUGCCCAGAA